AUGAUGAUUAGUGUCCACAAAUCUUUUUUUAACUUUGCUCCCGAGUGGAUCUCCCGCUACAUAAGUACGCCUUCAACUACAACAUCUACCUCGGAUCUUUCACCUCCUUCAGCACCACCGCCGCCUCCACCUCCUCUUAACAUACCGCCAAGCCGUGCUAGAAGACAAUUGGCGGCGAGGUUGGCCUUGCAUAGCAAGCAAAAGUUGGCGAAUGGAGAAAAGGCUGAGGGUGAGGAGAGAGAGUCAAAAGGCAUCAAUCCUUUUAAGGUAGAAGGCGAGGAUGACGAUGAGGAUGAAGAGGGGAGCAGUGAUGAUGAUGAGAGCGGAUUUAGAAGGAGUGGAUUUGAGGAUAAUUUUGAGGAUGAGGAUGGAAUGGGAGUUAGUGUGACGAGGGAGGCGAAAAGGAGAACGAGCUUGGAGGAUGAGGAUGAGGAUGAUGGUGGAGUAGGGGGGUCCGGAGCCUUGGUUGAUGAGGUUGUUCAUGUGGGGAUGGUGGAAGAAGUAGGUGGUAGUGAAAGCUCAAGUACAGAUUUGAAGAACAAUAAGAGCUUGCCGAAUGAGGGUACUGAUGAUGGAGAGGGCGAUGGAGAAUUAGUGCAUAUCCAGCAUGCGGAGAUGCAGGGUGAAGGAAAGAAGGAGUAG